AUGGCGAAGGCCUGCGACCACUGCAACUUGAGUAAAGAGAAAGAGACUUGUACUACAGGUGCUAGUCCGACAUGCAUCAGAUGUAGUCGUCUGAAGAUCGGUUCCAUCGGUCGUCAUACCAAACGAAUGAGACAUCGCUCUUCUGCCAAAGUCCUCCCAUAUGGGGAUUUGCAGGUUUCCACUCUCGUGUCGCGACAGCGCGCCAAAUCCAAGGAAAGCGAGAGCCAUGCCUCGUCUUCCUCAUCUUCCUCAUCUAGCCCAGGCUCAUCUUUGAGCUCGCCUGUCAGGAAUGACUAUCCUUGGACACCAGAAAGCCCCGAUGCCAUGAUAAUCUCACCUGAGAAAUUGCUCGCCGCCCCCACAACCUUCCAAACAACAUCAGAUGCGUUCCGCACCAUUAUGGACGUGGAACAAUUCUCAGUCAUACAUGCACCAUUUGUAUUUGGAAACAGUUUUAUUCCGCUAUCCCAAAAGGUUAUUUACGUUAUUUUGCAGCUAUCCGCCCCGGUGCUGACCGAAGGAUACCUGGCAUUCCUAGGACUGAUGACAAAUUACCAAAAGUCCCCUGUUAUACGCCGGAGCGAGCCCGAUGUGUUCAAGGCUGCGAAGGGAUUGCAACGUCUGAGAAGUGUAGAAAUCUCAAACGAUUACGACGCGGCUUGCGCUCUCUUCCUGGGCCAGACUAUGUACGUGUUCGACGUACUCACGACACCAUACUCCAGUACUGCCCACGCUAUCAUUCGGAGCUCCCUUAUGUCGGCCAAAGCAUGGCUCCCCAGAAUGGUGCAAACUCCGAUCAUGGACACAAUAACCAUGACGCCGAUUCUGGUCGACACGGUCGAGUGUUUAGUGCACCGUGAGAUUCCUAUAAUACGACUCAAUCCUCAGCGUCGCGUCAUCGUUGACCGCUAUCUUGGCCUCUGUGCAACACUCCUCCCUCAUCUUCACGACAUCUGUGUGUGUAGCAAUGCAUUAAAGAGAGAAGCUCCUGCUGUCGGAUCUGAAUCACACUCAGCGUUUCAUGACAGACUGGAUGAGAUAGAGGAGACGAUCCGACGCUGGCGGCCACAAACCCCUACCGGCCUGUUCGAAAAUUACGGCCAGCAUGCGGUUUUAGCAAUGGUGACACAAGCAAAUGUUUAUCGUCUGGCGGCUUUAUUGAUCCUCCACCGGCUGCGAUAUCCGCUUGGAGUCGAGGAUGAGGCAGCGUGGAAACUUGCAAAUGGAAUAUUUUCUGAGUUGUCGUUCUUUGCCAAAUCGGCGGCCAGUUUAAAGGAUACCAGCGCGCUGCCUGUUGUAUUUCCUUUGACGAUGGCCAUGUUUGAAAUAUCCGGGCCCGGGGAAGAUUUGGUGGAACGCUUGACGUCUUUCACUGUUCAAAGUGUAUGUGUGGCGCGGCUUCAGGAAUUUGUGAAGGUAGCCAGGGCGUUGAGAGAGUCUGCGUUUGAAGGCAUUUGGUUUGACUUGGCUGAUACACAUCUUCGUGUUGCAAUGCCACCAUAG